GACGUGUCGCGAGAACACAGUCUUAACACUGCGGUAGCGCUGCUUUUCCAGACAUCCUUUUAUGGUCACGAGGAAAAACAACAAUGACCACCGUCGCUGACUGCCGCUCCAUCUUUCAUUUGUCCCCAAAUGACGAGGCUUUGAUGGGACUGAGAGAAGUGACACAGGCUGUCAACACUGACCCAGCCUCAGCCGAGCUGGAAGACAAAUCCCCAGAGGAGGACAGACAGCGAGAGUCCAGCCUGGUUAGAGAGGUUUCAGACAAGAUGGUCUGCUCAGCCUGCAAAUGUGUCUUUAUCAAUCGUGAAGAACAGAUGGAGCACUACAAGCUCGACUGGCAUCGCUUCAACUUGAGACUAAAGAUUUCGGGAAUGCCGCCGAUCACAGCUGAGGAGUUUGAGAAGAAGACUGGAGCUGGAGACAUGUCAAGUAUCUCAGGCUCAGAGUCCGAUUCAGAGGACGAAGACUCCGAAAGUGAGAGUGGGGGAACAUACAGCAACGUCACUGGUACUGAUAAUGAGAGCUCAGCUGAGACCAGUUUAUUUACUGGUCGGCUCUCCAGCAAGGUGGUUUUCCAGAACUCAACUGGACAGUAUCUGUCGGUGUACCGCUGCAUUCUGCAGGGAAAGUCGGAUGAUGAGCUAGACAAGGCAUCGUCCCUGAAGGCCAUUAAUGAGAAGACCGUGUGGGUCAUUCUCAUGACAGGUGGAGGCCACUUUGCUGGUGCUGUAUUUCGAGGAAAAGACGUCCUUCAGCACAAGACCUUCCACCGAUACACAGUGCGAGCAAAGCGAGGCACUGCUCAAGGACUCAGAGACUCUCAGAACCGCAGUAACACGCCCAAAUCUGCAGGAGCUGCUCUGAGGCGACACAAUGAGGCGGCGCUAGUCAAGGACAUCCAAGAUCUUCUGGUCAGCUGGGCUGAACACUUGAAGGAGGCCUCUGCAAUAUUUGUACGAGCCCCCAGCUACAACAAAGGCAUCUUUUUUGGUGGUCGCAUGGCUCCGCUUGACAAAAAAGAUCCCAGGAUUCGCACUCUUCCCUUUGCCACACGCAGGGCAACCUUUCGAGAGACACAGAGGGCACACGAGGUGCUUUCCACUGUCCAUGUUUAUGGGAAAGACACAGACGUGUCUGCAGUCUUCAGUCCAACUAAGAAGACCUGGAAAAAAUCUGUCAAACCUACAGCACAAACAAAUACAGAUCAAGAGAAAGCAGCAGAAAAGCACGAAAGCUCUGAUGAAGAAGAGGCUGGAGAGAUCCAGUUGGAGAUGAUGGAGCUGACAAUAGGAACUCUGGACCUCAGGGAGUCUGAAAUCUAUCCCUCCAGGCACAGGAGGAGGAGGAGGAGAAAGAAAGAGGAAACCAAACUGCAAAAUGAGGAGUUGAGUAACACAGAAGCAGAUAAUCAAGAAGAGGAAGUGCCUGAGGCUACAGCAGCAGAAGACGCUCCUCAAGAGACGCAAACAAAGAACAAGAGAAAGAGGAAAGCACAGAGUAAGAAACAACUGGAAGAAAUAGUUGAUGAGUCUUCAGAGUUUGCCCUGAGGGAUGAAGUGUUUACAGCCUGUAAGGUCGGGGAUGUGAACGCUCUGUGCAGACUCCUUCAGCUUCCUGGAGAAAUGUCAGAAAGCCGAGAGCAGACGGAGAGCAACCCUUUAGAUGUCACAAGUCCUCUAACUAUCCUUAAUAAGCCCAUAGACUCGUCGGGGUUCACUUUUCUGCAUGUGGCCUCAGCUGCUGCACAGAAGGCUGUGGUCAGGCUGCUCCUGGACGCGGGAGCAGACCCAGCCUGCAGGAAUAACAAAGGGCAGACCCCGUAUAUUGUUGCCCCUGAUAAGGACACGAGGAAUGUCUUUCGUAAAUACAUGGGCGAGAAUCCUGACAAAUAUGACUACAGCAAGGCGCAGGUCCCUGGGCCACUCACAGCAGAAAUUGAAUCUAAAAAGACAGAGAAGAAAAAGGCACAAAAGGCACUGAGGAAACACAGAGAAAAAGAGCAGAAGGAGGAAAAGCGGAAACAAGAAUUGGAGGCAGAGGAAAAGAAGAGGUUUGCAUCUCUGACUGAUCGUGAAAAGAGAGCUCUGGCAGCAGAGAGGAGGUUAGCAGAGCAAGUAGCUGCAACAGGCAUCGGCCUCUCUAAUGUCAAGAGGUGCUGGAUGUGUGGAGAGUCUCUACUCGGGAAGAUCCCAUUUCAGUACCUAGACUAUUCGUUCUGCACCCCUCGCUGUGUCCAAGCACAUCGAAAAGCCAACACCCUCCCAGGCAAGACCUAACACCCCUGUGGGAAAUCUUACUCAGAAGCAAGCUACCUCUUAAGUCUAACAGUGAAUUUGUGCAGCCUUGAUUGAAUUCCAAAGCCUGAUUUAUGUCCGGGGGCUUGACACUUUUGAUGAGUGUUGCUCAAAAGAAAUUAAUUGGUUGCGCGUCAUUUUAAAUUUAUGUUUCGGCGAAAGAUUCCAAGUCUUCUUUGUGGUAACUAGAGACCACCUGCAGUUUUUACAGUCAAAGUCUAUUUCUGUCCCAUUUAGUGAAGCGUAAUCUGCACAGACAGCUGUUUAAAUAACACAAAUAUCCUGCUGUAUAUGUGGUUUUAAUUUAUUAAAACUAUCUACAUUGAUUGAUCAGCUCCCAGUCUGUCUGAGUGGCAGAUUCCCCUCUCUUGCUACAGUGGGCUGGGAAAUAAAAUCAUUGAAUCAGUCAAAAAACACAGUCACUGUUGAUGAAAAAACUAUUUUGGUGCAGUAAAUGCCUGCUGUCAGUCAGCCUGGUGAAGGCAGUUUGGCAGGCCGCUGUCCUCUGAGGGCCUCAAGUGCUGCUGCUGACAGACAGCAGCUUCUGUGGAACAGAAGUGACGGAAAUGGCGGCAUUGGUUUUGAUUGACAACUGCUAUCUCAAUGGCAACGUAAGUAAGUAACACUACCAAUCACAUUGCACAGCAAAAUAUGACGUUAACUGCAAUUCUACACGUGCGACAUGAAAGGAAAGUGUUGAGCGGCACUUUUUCCCUGUUGAAAAUACAUAAUUUCUGUUGAGCAAUACUCAUCAAAAGUGUCAAGCACCCAACUGUAAAUCAAGCUUAGUAUAGCAGCGUCUUGGAAAGGUGCUAGUUUCAUUUUCAACUACAAAAAUACAUUUUAAAUAUAAUUCAGUUGUGGCUGAUCAACUCAGACAACUGGAGGCGUAUAUUGUUUUAAAACAUAACGUAAUAAAUGUAUAAUUUAUUCAAAUUAUCUGCAAAUAUCAAAAGGUAAAAAAAAAAAAAAUCUAA